AUUUAUUUCACUUAAUGUCAGAGAGUUCUGUACUGGAUGUGAUCCCAUGUUCUGACAACGCACCCCCUUGUCAUUUGAUACCACGGAUGUUGUAAAUGUGUCCAACACCUGAACGGAAUCUGAAACCGAAAAUGGGAAUUCUUCGAAUGUGUCUAUCGCCGAGGAAAGUUGUGACAUGGAUGACGUUAACGGCGGCCACUGGACUAUUGUUUCUUGCCGCCAAAGAAUCUGAGUAUAUGUCACAUGACUUGAACUACGAUGAGAGCUUUCAGACAGAAGCUCGAAAUUUCUCUGAGAGGCAACUGGGGCCAAAGACACCAUUGCGAGUCGAGGUUGGCCUGCCAACCAACCUCAAUUUCACGUUCAACAUCACUCGAUUGAUUUAUAACAGAGUUGGAAAAUGUGGAAGUCGAAGUCUGCAAUAUGUGAACGAUAUCCUAUCAAGGUGGAACAGGUUUAACCACAUAAAAAGUAUGGACUUCCACCAAAAACGUUUUUCAGACGAACAACAGAUGCAAGUUGUAAAAGAAAUAAGCGAGUUGGAAGCACCCUUUAUUUAUGAUCGCCAUGUCAAUUUUCUUGAUUUCACCAAAUUUGGCCAUUCUAGGGUGCCCUAUAUCAACCUCGUUCGCGACCCAUUGGAACGCGUCAUGUCUUUUUUCUAUUACAAACGUUAUGGUGACAUGAUAGACAAGAAAGAGUUAGAUCCAUCACUGAAUAACACUUUCGAGGACUGUGUACUGAAAGAGAUGUCAGAGUGUAGUUCAAUUGGUCCAAACAGAAUGGUUCCUUUCUUCUGUGGCCACUCGGAAGAAUGCAUGAAACCGACUAGAUGGGCUCUCGAAACUGCGCUUCGUAACAUAAUAGAAAACUACGUUUUUGUAGGCACUAUUGAGGACUUUCCAACUACGCUAUAUAUACUAGAAUUUAUCAUGCCACAGUUUUUCACCGGUGCCUCCGAUAGUUAUAAACUUGUUCAGUCACGAGGGCAUGUAGAUGCUUUCAAAACGGCAUAUAAAGAGGAAGCCUCCGAAGAAAUGAAAGAAAUCAUGAGAGAACGAUUAGCACCUGAUUAUGUACUGUACACUUUUAUCAAGAAAAGAGUAGCCAUGACUAAGAAAUACUUGGAAUUGAUGUACCCAGACAGGCAAUUUUAA